AUGGGAUCGUAUGACGCCACAUCUCCUCCACCUGCCACUGCCGGACCACCAGGGAAGCAGUCAGAACCACCACCAAAAUACAAUGUAAUUAAUUCAAGUCUGGUGGUCGUUGUUGUUGGUUUAAGGAUGUUUGUAUUCACGACAGCUUUAGUUGCAAUCAUUGUUAUGGUCACUUCUAAACAAACUAAAUUGAUUCCAGUUGCCCCAGGCGUGGCAAUACCAUUGUCUGCAGAAUUAAAUUAUGUCCCAUCUUUCAUAUACUUGGUAACAGCGCUCUCAGUUGCUUGCUUAUACAGCAUCGUCUCAAGUGUGCUAUCCGUUUUGGCACUUAUGAAGCCAAGAGGAAGCUCCACAAAACUGCAGCUUCAUUUUGUGAUGAUUGAUGCUUUGCUAUUAGGGAUUCUGGCUUCAGCAACAGGAGCAGCAAUUGGAGUCGCAUACAUUGGAUUCAAAGGGAACUCUCAUAGCAGAUGGAACAAGGUGUGUAAUACAUAUGAUUCCUUCUGCUUACGUGGUGCUGUCUCUUUUAUUCUAUCACUCGUGUCCUCUAUAACACUUCUACUACUCGUUUGGCUCUCCAUUCAAAUGCUUUACAAGAAGACCACAAGGAGAUAA